CACUUGUUCCAGGUCCUGCCGUCCUCUAACAGCUCCGAGAUCUUCACAGCUAGCGGGAAAUAUAACAUGAUGGACGUUCAGUCCAGGAUGCACCCCGACAUUCCUGAAAAUGGAGAACUGCCUCCUAUGGAGGUCACCAGUGAUUUUGUACCCCAGGAAGGUGGAGGAGAGGAUGAGAAACCAGUGUCCAACCUGCAGAGGAGACGCAGCGAUGUCAAAGUGUACAAAGAAAUCUGUGACUUCUAUGCCAGAUUCAACAUGGCAAAUGCUCUGGCGAAUGCGAUGUGUGAGCGCUGUAGGUCUGGCUUUGCCCCUGCAGAGAAGAUUGUGAACAGUAAUGGAGAACUCUACCACGAGCACUGCUUUGUGUGUGCACAGUGCUUCCAGCAGUUUCCGGAGGGGCUCUUCUAUGAGUUUGAGGGACGGAAGUACUGUGAACACGAUUUCCAAAUGCUCUUCGCCCCAUGCUGCCACCAGUGCGGUGAAUUCAUCAUUGGCCGUGUUAUCAAGGCAAUGAAUAACAGCUGGCACCCUGAGUGUUUCCGCUGUGAUAUCUGUCAGCAAGUCCUGGCAGACAUUGGCUUUGUCAAGAAUGCAGGCAGACAUCUGUGUCGUCCUUGUCACAACCGAGAGAAAGCCAGGGGCCUGGGGAAGUACAUCUGUCAGAAGUGCCACGCCAUAAUUGAUGAGCAACCACUAAUAUUCAAGAAUGAUCCUUACCAUCCUGAUCACUUCAACUGUGCCAACUGCGGCAAGGAACUCACUGCUGAUGCUCGCGAGUUGAAAGGAGAACUCUACUGCCUGCCCUGCCAUGACAAGAUGGGCGUUCCAAUUUGUGGAGCCUGCAGGAGACCAAUUGAAGGGCGAGUGGUGAACGCAAUGGGAAAGCAAUGGCAUGUGGAGCACUUUGUAUGUGCGAAGUGUGAAAAGCCUUUCUUGGGCCAUCGUCACUAUGAGAGGAAGGGUCUGGCUUACUGUGAGACUCAUUACAACCAGCUUUUUGGAGAUGUUUGCUUCCACUGCAACCGUGUAAUUGAAGGCGAUGUUGUGUCUGCCCUGAACAAGGCCUGGUGCGUGAACUGUUUUGCUUGUUCCACCUGCAACACAAAGUUAACCCUCAAGAACAAGUUUGUGGAAUUUGACAUGAAGCCGGUGUGUAAGAAAUGUUAUGAGAAGUUCCCCCUGGAGUUAAAGAAACGGCUCAAAAAGCUCUCGGAAACCAUAGCGAGAAAAUAACCAUUUCCUGUGUAUGGUAUAGAAGACUGUCGGCAGGGUGCAGCACGCCAGUCGAGCGCCGAUCAUACAUUCUACUUGACUGUUACCUGCACUAACAUUCACGCAAUAUAUUUAUCUGCAUGAUAGCUGUAUUAAACUACAAUGCACAGGCUAUUUAUUCCCUCACCUCAUUAAUACCUUUUUGCCUUGCUGCAGUCCACAGCAGCAGAAUCCAGCGUCCUUUAUGUAUUGCUAUGUUUCACGUCACCAUGUGUAGAUCAGUAUUACUCCACUAAAACACUGUAAAAUGUGACUGAAAAGCUCACGCUCUAGAGUAAGCGAUCUUCUAUGCAUUUGUGCAUACAGCGAGAACUGGCCAUAGACUACUUAGCAUCCCGGGACCCCAGGUUAGCUCAGAUAUGUCAUGUUCUGAACACUUUUCAGCAGGGGGGUUACAUGCGGUCUGUUGCUGAAGAGUAUAUGCUGCUUUAUAGUCUCAUCUCUUAUAUUUGUACUAUAAGACACGUACAGCAUCUCAAGAGAAUACG